AUGAAUAGCCAAUCAGAACAUAGAAUUCACUUAAGCGGAAACAGUAGCAUCAGGAACAGCAGGAAUAACAGCAGCAGUAGUGGCGGCAGUAGUAGUACUAAUAGUAGCAGUAGCAGGAGCAGUAAUAGCGGCAGUAAGAGCAACAGCAGCAGAAGAAAUAUUACUAUCAGUAGUAACAGAAGCAGUAAAAGUAGCAGCAGUAGUAGCAAUAGAGGUAGCAGCAGAAGCAGAAGCAGUAGCAGUAACAGUAGCAGUACUAUGAACCGUAGCAGUAGCAGUAGCAGUAGCAGUAGCAGUAGCAGUAGCAGUAGCUGUAGCAGUGGCAGAAGCAGUAGCAGUAGCAGUAGCAGUAGCAGUAGCAGUAGCAGUAACAGUAGCAGUAGCAGUAGCAGUAACAGAAGCAGUAGCAGUAGCAGUAGCAGUAGCAGUAGCAGUAGCAGAAGCAGUAGCAGUCGUAAUAGCAGAAGCAAUAGUAGUAGUAGUAACAGUAGCAGUAGCAGUAGUAGUAGCAGAAGCAGAAGCAGAAGCAGAAGCAGAAGCAGAAGCAGUAACAGUAACAGCGGCAGUAGCAGAGCAAAAGCAGUAGCGUAUUACUACUGUUAUACCGCUACUGCUUCUGUUACUGCUAGUGCUACUUCUACUGCUAUUGCUAUUGCUUCUGCUAUUACGACUGCUACUGCUUCUGCUACUGCUACUGCUACUGCUACUGCCACUUUUACUGCUACUGCUACUGCUACUGCUACUGCUACUGCUACUGCUACUGCUACUGCUACUGCUACUGCUACUGCUUCUGUUACUGCUACUGCUACCGCUUCUGCCCCUGCUUCUGGUACUGCUACUGUUACUGCUGUUACUGUUCCCGUUACUGCUACUGAUACUACUGUUCAGACUGUUGCUGCUACUGCUACUGAUAUUUCUACUGCUACCUCUAUUGCUACUACUGCUACUACUUUUACUGCUUCUGUUACUGCUACUGAUAGUAAUAUUUCUUCUGUUACUGUUGCUCCUACUGCCGCUAUUACUGCUUCUGCUACUGCUACUAUUAGUACUACUACUGCCGCCACUACUGCUGCUGCUAUUCCUGCUGUUCCUGAUGCUACUGUUUCCGCUUAA